CAAAGACCAAAUUCAAAGACUUGUCAAAAGAAAAGCUGAAGUUUUAAAUGACUAUGAAAAUAAUGCCCCGGCUGAACGCCAGAGAAAAAUUAGAAAGACCGGCAAUGAAGAAAUUAAUGAGUUGAACUGGAAAUGGUUCAUAGAUGUCACCACUAGACGUGUUCCUGUCAACGGCCCACUAAUCCAAGCACAAGCUUUAUGUUUUGCUUCUGACCUGAAGAUUGACACAUUUCAUGCUUCUAAUGGCUGGUUAGAAAGUUUUUUGAAAAGACACAACAUUGUUCUUGGCACAACCAGUGGAGAGAGUGGUGAUGUGGACCGAAAUGUUGUUUCUGAUUGGAAAGAAAAACUUCCUACAGUUUGUAAAGGCUACAGACCCCAGGAUAUCUUCAAUAUGGAUGAAACAGGUUUAUUUUUCCGACACAGCAGUACAAAUAAAACUUACUAUGUGAAGGGCAGUGACUGUGCAGAUGGCAAGCAAUCAAAAGAAUGCAUGACUAUUGGCUUAUGUGCUUCAAUGACAGGAGAAAAACUGACCCCCAUUGUGACCCCCAAGCUGCUUCAAAACCAUAAAUGUGAAAGCCCUGCAU